AGCGCUCAUGAUUUGUCAAGUGAUAAUGGAGAAGUCAGUGUGGGUGAUGAUGGUAGUGGGCAUCUGUAGUGCAUCAGUGAUGGUGGUGGCUGAUAACUCAACUGCAGGUGCUACCCUGUUGCACAGAAAUUAUAAAGAAGCUCAAAACCCAACUGAUGACACUGACCACGCUAAAAUGAUGUUUUCAAGACUUGGUAUAAAAAACAACAACUGCCUGGAAUGGAGAAAACUUGGCUUUAAAACUAGUGGAGUGUAUGACAUUUAUCCAUAUUAUUUAUGCCCCACCUUUCUUGUUCAAGUCUACUGUGAUAUGACCACAGACGGAGGUGGCUGGACGGUCAUUCAACGUCGAGAAGAUUUAGUCCCAAGAGAAGAUUUCUACCGCACCUGGAUGGAGUACUUACUAGGCUUUGGUCACCUCUCUGGCGAGUUUUGGGCGGGGCUCGACCUCAUCCACUUUCUUACAUACCAGAAGUUCAACCAAAUACGCUUUGACCUCACAGACUUUAACAAUAACACACGCUGGGCUCAGUAUCAAUUCUUCUAUGUUCAUGACAAACGUUCCUCUUAUAAAGUAGAAGUCAAUGGCUACACUGGUGAUGCUGGAGAUGGAUUCAGCGACACCAACGGCAACAUGUUUACCACCAAGGACUAUGAUGUCGAUAUUGAUGACAAUCGUAACUGUGCUGUAAGUUUCAAAGGUGCUUGGUGGUACAAAUCAUGUCAUCAUUCAAACCUGAAUGGCCAGUAUCACAGAGGCAACCACACUUCUUUUGCUGAUGGUGUCAACUGGGAACCUUUCCGUGGCUAUCACUAUUCCCUCAAGACUACCGAGAUGAAGAUCAGACCUGCAUACUAAGAUACUCCGUUUGCUCCAGGCUUGAAACCGGGCCAAAUCAAAGAAAGCUCGAGAUUGGCUUGGGUUGGGAUAGGAUAGGUUAGGCUAGGCAAUUAUCUUUCCUAGGUUUGUUCACAGAUGCCACACACACACAGCCUAAGGCCAUCUUUCAACAACUGAAAAAGACAACUCAAAAAUUAUAUCUUUCCCUAGACAUGGAUUCUUUUAUUGUACUCAUAACACACAGGACAGAGAAGUUGGUCAUUGUUUUUUUUAGACAUGUUUUCACAAGUGUUUCCAAAAUCCCCUUUAUUGAUGAUAUUUUGGGGGAUCACCUUUAGAUGAGGACACCCAGCUUAUUCAACCUUAAGAUUAAUCAACCUAACUACUCUAGCUUAACCUAUUCUAACAUAACCAAUCCUAAUGUAAUCUAAUCAAGCCUAACUUAUGCUAACCCAUUCUAACGUAUCAUAAGCUUAUUUUAACUUAAUAUAACCUAACUUGGCCUGACCCCCCCCCCUCCCCCUAGAUUGCAUUAUGGUGUUUUAUCAAGACAGUGUAGGGAGUGAGAGUGCUAUGUGUAGGGGCCGUGGCCAAUAGCAGGGACCUAUAGAUGUAAUAUCAUGGGCACUGUGAUUUGAUUGGCUGAACCUGUGGUGUCUGAUACUGGAAGCAGGACAGUAAGGAUGUAGUGUCUGUGCUUGGUGGAUCAUCCCUCAUUCAAUGUUAUACCGUGAGAAUGUGGUCCCUUAGUUAGGAUUAUAGGCUUUAAAGUGAUUUUGUCAAUCUUAACUUGUUGAAAUUAAUAAAGUAAAAGGUUAA